AUGGUAUGGAUAGCGAUUGAAAGACAUUUACUUGUUUUUCAUUCUCAAGAAUUACUUCGUGGACAAUGGAGAAAAUUAUUAUUUCAUUAUAUACCCAUCAUUAUUUGUCUUAUAUGGCCACCAAUCGUCUAUCUUGGCUUAGUUGUCUUUCCUGCACAAUGUACAAAUGCAUGGGACUUUGGAACACUUCUUUGUGGACCACCCUGUUACACUUAUACAGGAACUUAUGGUAUAUAUGAUUUUAUUUCUAAUGUUAGUGUUCCUCUUCUACUUAAUGUUUUGAUAAAUAUUUUAUUAAUUAUUCGAGUAAUCAAAGGAAAAAUGUCUCGUCAGCCAGGUAUUGAUUGGCGACGACAUCGUAAAAUGAUAUUACAAUUUUGGGCAAUUUCCACACUUCAUAUAGCACUUUGGUCACCACUUGUAACAGUAAGUCUUAUUCAAAUGACUGUAGACCCUUUAUUUAUGAUCGAUCAAUAUACUACAUUGGAAUAUAUUUUAUAUUAUAUGCCACUUAUAUUACCAGCAACAUGCUUAUUUGGUAUGCCUGAAAUAGUUAACAAAAUAAAGGAUUUUCUCUUGAAACGAAGAACAAAUGUGGUUACUAUAGGUGAUUUAGCUCGUACAGGACAAACACGACAAACACAACAAAAUGUUACUGUUCGUUGA